GCACAGAGACGACAGAAGAAUCUCUGGCUGUCUGCUCCAGAAAUGUACAGAUUCACAAGAGCCAGCGUUUUAUCAGCAGUGAUGAAGAAGACCCUCCUCUUCGUCACGAUCUGCCUGAUUAAAGGUCACAUGGGUGAUGCCGCUGAUGCCAUGACCGGCAUCACAGGAGGAAGUGUCAUCAUCAAGUGUGUGCACGAACCUGAAACUGCUAAAGAAAGUGCUAAAAGCUUUUGCAAAGUGUCAGGCAUCGAAUGUACAACUUUGACAGAGGAACAGCACGAUUUGUGGAUCCCAGAGGAGAGGUUCUCUCUGACUUAUAACAGAUCUCUGGGUUUGAUUAGUGUGCUCAUUAGAAACCUGAGAGAGAACGACAGCGGGGUGUACAGAUGUGUGGCUGAUGGCCAACCGUUUCACGAGGUGAAGUUAGAUGUGGAACAAGAGUCGUGUUGUGGGACAUCUGAGGAACAGACGGCUCAUUUAAGAGAAACCGCUGUCAUCCGCUGCAAAUAUCCAGAGAAAUAUAAAUCUUAUGUGAAGGAAUUGUACAAAGUCCAGAAUGGAUCUCUCCUGCCUUACUUUUUCACACGAGAAAGCAAUCCCAGAUUUUCUCUGGAUGAUAGGAAACUGGAGAACGUCUUUACUGUGACUAUCGCUAGCGUGAACGGACGUGAUGAUGGAGUGUAUUUCUGUGGAGCAAUCGAUCCUGAAAACAUCAGACACAGUCUGCUCUUCACAGAGAUUCAGCUUCAUGUUUCAGAUCUCCGCGUCAUCAUUAUAGUGUGUGUGUGUCUGAUUCUGUUGUUAGCCGGAGGACUGAGCUUGUUUUGGCUCAAGCGGAGAUGCAAAAAGACAAAAGCCACAGGCUCAGAUCCGAGGAGCACAGAAGACGGUGAAGAGUCUCUUUCAGGACGUCUCAUCUGCUUAUUAUGCAACAAUCCCAGACUCUGGAAACACAUCUGUUCAGAAGCCCAUUGGAUUAAACACACUUUAUGUCACGACACGUUUACCCCUCUCACAGUGAUUUCCACACACUGGCUGAACAAUCCCAAAUAUGACAUGUCUGUGAUUCAGUAUGUUUGUUUAUUAAUAGAAAUAAAGAUUUGUGCCAUUUAUUUGCCAUUUCAGGCACUUCUUGUCCUUUUUUUUGUUUCAGUAAUCAAUAGAGUGCCUGUCAUAUAAAUGACAUUAAAAAAAUCUAUACAGUAAAACAUAAAUAAAGAGGAUUAAUGAAGGUUAAGUUUAAUGGCCAUUACAUUUGCAUGUUGUCGUUUAGCAGACACUGUUAUCCAACGCAACAUACAAAAAAAUAAAGACCAUAGCAGUAAGAUUAGACUUUUCAAAACCUCAAGCACAUUUCUGACACAGCGCAUAGAAUAUAGCAUGAACAAACAAAAAGAACAAUAUUGGG